AUGUCUAACAUUGGAUAGGUAUAAAAUCAGGAUAUCUCUUAGCUCUACUCUUUUUCUUUUAAUCAGCCUUUAAAUGAUUUGAACACUUUUACAGGCAGAUUCAUCCAUUUAUAGAGACAAACAGAUCCAAGAAAUUUUUUCAUUUCAAAUCAAUAAUUAGAGGAAAGCAAAAAAUUAGUAGAAAACUAUAGAUAAAUGGAGAUUGCUAAAUAAAAUCCAUUGAUGUUAAAUAAAGCUGAAUUCAAUAGAUUAGUAAGAGCUCAAAGCAUAGUUGACUCUUCAAUAUCAAAGGAUAAUGGAGAACAGAUACCGAGAUUUAUGAGAAUGUGUGCCUUUGUCCCUGUUAAUGUGCCAAUUCUUUUUGGAAUGAUACUGAGUCCACCAAGCACAGCAAAUACCAUAUUCUGGCAAUGGUUCAAUCAAUCAUUUAAUGCAGGACUGAACUAUGGGAAUAGGAAUUCUUCAAGUAAAUACACUAAUAAGGAUUUAAUGUUUGGAUAUUCAGCUGCAGUUGGAUCAUCUGUUUCUACAGCUCUUAUUUUAAGAAGGAUAUUUGGGAGAUUUACUGCUAAAAUUCCCAAUAGUUCGCCUAAGCUUAUUCUGAUUAAUGCUCUUGUUGCAUCUAUUGCUGGUGGUACUGCUAGUUUCCUUAAUACUUUCUGCAUGAGGCAAGCAGAAAUGAAUAAUGGAAUCGAAUACUUUGCUGAUGAGGAGCUUUAAUAAAAAUUAGGAGUAUCACAAUAGUGUGCAAGAAAAGCAAUCAUUGAAACUGCUUUUUCAAGAGUAUUCCUAUCAAUAUCAUGUCUUAUGACUCCUGCUUUUAUUUUUUAUGCUAUCGAUAGAUUAGGUAAAAGCCCAAAAGGUAAAUUUAAGAUACCCUAUGAAGUUGGAGUAUUUCUAUUUGCUCUAAUGGUUAAUUUGCCAGCAAGUAUUGCUAUGUUCCCAACUACAGGGAGUAUCGAUAUUUCAAUUCUUAAAUCAGAAAACGAAGAAAUUCAAAAUUAGGUAAAAGGUAAUAGAGUCUAUUAUUAUAAGGGACUUUGA